GCGCCUGCGCUACUCGGCGACCUCCCGCCCGCAGCAUGAAGGUAUUUCGGCGCGCUUGGCGGCACCGGGUGGUGCUGGGCCUAGGCGGCCUGGCGUUUUGCAGCACCACUCUGUUAUACUUGGCGCGCUGCGCUUCUGAGGGCGAGACGCCCUCCGCUUCUGGAGCAGCUCGAACCCGCGCUAAGGCCUUCCUGGCAGUGCUAGUGGCCAGUGCGCCCCGUGCGGUUGAGCGCCGCACCGCAGUGCGCAGCACGUGGCUGGCACAAGAGAGGCGUGGCGGACCCAAGGACGUGUGGGCGCGCUUCGCUGUGGGCACUAGCGGCCUGGGCGCAGAGGAGCGGCGCACUCUUGAGCUCGAGCAAGCACAGCACGGGGACCUGCUGCUGCUGCCCGCCUUGCGCGAUGCCUACGAGAACCUCACGGCCAAGGUUCUGGCCAUGCUAACCUGGCUGGAUGAGCACGUAGACUUCGAGUUCGUCCUCAAGGCGGAUGACGACUCUUUUGCGCGCCUGGACGCUAUACUGGUGGAGCUGCGCGCACGCGAACCCGCACGCCGCCGGCGCCUCUAUUGGGGCUUCUUUUCUGGGCGCGGUCGCGUCAAGCCAGGAGGUCGCUGGCGAGAAGCUGCUUGGCAACUCUGCGACUACUAUCUGCCCUACGCUCUGGGCGGUGGAUAUGUCCUUUCUGCGGACCUGGUGCAUUACCUGCGCCUUAGCCGCGAAUACCUGCGCGCAUGGCACAGUGAAGAUGUAUCGCUGGGCACCUGGCUGGCACCAGUAGAUGUGCAACGAGAGCAUGACCCACGCUUCGACACGGAGUACAAAUCUCGAGGCUGCAGCAAUCAGUAUCUGGUGACACACAAACAAAGCCCAGAGGACAUGUUGGAGAAGCAACAUAUGUUGCUGCAUGAGGGCCGGUUGUGCAAGCAUGAGGUGCAAUUGCGCCUUUCCUAUGUCUAUGACUGGUCAGCGCCACCCUCCCAGUGCUGCCAACGCAAGGAGGGCAUUCCCUGAUGUCAUUGAGGGUGCUGUGGCCUCUCUUGACACAGGCCAACCUGCCUGAACAAUCUGGUCAAUUAUCUGGGGUGAGCUUGGUUUAUCCAAUUACUGUUGAGGCCUUGGGGCUGAUGGCCAGAGACAGCUAACAAUGUCUAGUCCAUUGGGUGUGCUCAUAAUUAGUGGUCUGGUGUAAGGCCGGCCCAAGGGCAUCUAGUUAUGAAUGUGGUGAUUUCAUCUGUACCACACACACACUCCCUGACCUGUGUGAUGCCACCUAUCAGCCAUCUGGAGUGUGAGGGCAGGGACCUCCUCACUUGAUGAGUUUAUAGUGCCCCCAUUCUGCACUCUGCAGCUCACUGCACAUCUUGAAUGUUCUGCACAGCCUGACCUGCAGACUGUGUUGAAUUCAUCUCAAAAUGUUACUUGUUGAAGUUGUCUUUGUAUAGUUUGGACAAAAUUCCAGUCUGUUGCAUCUCCUGUUUUCAUCUUUUGUCAUGGACAAGUCGGAGAGGUUUGGCUUGGUUUUCAAGUCAACUAGCUUAGAACUUUUGUCUCUGUGGAUAGAGUUUGGUAAAUAUAAUGCAGUUUGCUUAGAACCUAUUUAUAAAUAAUUGUAUGCUUGUAUAGAUAAGAAAGUUGCAGAGGCAGGCAAGUCUCUGGGUUCAAGGCCAGCCUGGUCUACGGAGUGAGCCCAGGACAGCCAGGACUACACAGAGAAACCCUUAAAAGAAAUUUGAGAGUGCAAGUCUUAAUUUAUUUUAGCUACUUAAGAAAAAUACUUGUGUCAGAAUUUGUAUCUUCAGUUUAAUCUGUCAACAGCCUAAGUGGGCAAGCCCACUGCUGGGUGUGUUUAAAACGUAGAAGAAUGUUUAAACUGUCCAUUUCUCUUUCAGGUUUACACAUAAGUCAUUCCCCUUGUUUGUUUGUUUGUUUGUUUGUUUGUUUGUUUCUGAACAGACAUCACUUUUAAGCUUUUCAAGGAGCCAGAGCCUGCGGACUGUAAGGCACUAGGCGAUUAGAAUGUCCAUGCAAAGUUGUCUUUCAAAGUGGUUUAUUCACACCAACAUUCCUUACAGUAUCAUGCUAAUAUAAAAGUUAAGCAGAUGUGUCACCAAGCUGAGAACAGGAAAUGCUGCUGC